AUGAGCGCCAAUAACGUGCCCGUGGACUUGGCGAAUGACGAGGCGGUCUCUGCCUACAUCAAGCAAAAGAUUCGCGUGUUCCGUAACUUUCCCAAUCCUGGUGCAAACUUCAGCGACGUCACGUCCCUAUUGCUGGAUCCCGUGGCUUUUCAAGUCGUCAUUGAUGCUCUGAAACGUCGAUACAUCAACCAGCGGAUCACGCACGUGGUAAGCUGCGAGUCGAGAGGAUUUAUCUUUGGUGCUCCGUUAGCACUAGCCCUUCAAGUGGCUUUUGUGCCAGUCCGUCGCGCUCGUCGACUGCCAGGUGAUGUCGUGGGAGUAGACUACGUCUCUGGCUUCCACACCGGUCGCAUGGAAAUUCACCAGGAUGCCAUUACGAGCGGAGAUCGCGUUGUGAUUGUUGAUGAUCUCGUGGCAUCGGGCAAGACACUAAAGAUUACGGUUGAGCUUGUCGAGCAGCUCGGUGGACACGUUGUGGAGUGCGGCUGUGUGAUCGAUUCGCUGCAGUCAACGCAAUCGCUACUGAACAUCCCGCUUUACGGUCUCACUCAGAUAUGA